AUGGUCUCAGAGAAGAACAAAGCCGGCAUGCAGCUCCUGCUGAUGCUCACGCAAUGCCUUGACCGUCUUCAUCUCUUACCGACCUCUUGCAAUCACACGAUCGUGCUGGGUGCACAUGUGCAAUGCCUCACCCUCAAGUUGUGGGGGUACGUGAACUACUACUCAGUCAUUGUCAGUCGCCUUGAGACCCCAACUCUGCACGGGAGUGCAGAUUGGGACAUAUUACCGGUCCGUGGUGCAUUCACGAAUGACGUGAGUGUCACGCAGUCAUUGUUCUGCAUCGGCGUGCUGUUUCGGUUCAUCCAGAUGAAGACCGACAAGAUGAGGAUUAAGAAGUGGGCAUUCCCUGUGCCUAUCAGCAAUGAGCUAAGCCUCGAAAUGUCAUGGUCGUGCCUUCUCAGGAACGAGACCAAUCUCGCGGGGAUCUUGAACUGCCCAGGAGAUUGGCCCUCGAGGAUGCUGCACGAGGCUACCAAUGCUGUCUGUGAUGUGCAGCUGCCACCUUUGAAAGGCGCGUCCGAAAGCUCAAGUGCUGAGCAGCCCCCACAGAAGAAGCAAAAGAAUGACAAACAGCUGUCCGUUCAGCAAGGUGAUGGCAAUGUCAAGUCGCAGGCCUCGCACUCUGUGGCAGAGUCCUCCAAGAAGUCCAAGCAGUCGCAUUGUGGCAUGCGAGGAAAAAAGAAUCACCACGUCGAAGGUUCUAGCAUGGAGACAUCACAGCCUGCCCAUCUAUCUUUGGUGCAUGAGUGCAGCACAUUAAUCGGUGCUGCAUGGAACACCGCACUCUCAGCUGUGCCGCCUUUAGCAGCUCCUGCACGGGUGGCAACGUACUUCUUCCCUCCACCUUUCAUGCUUGGGUGCUCCAGUGACAAGCUUAGGUGGUAUCUGCACAAUUUCGUGCGGAUCCACAGAUUUUGUCAUCAACGUAUUCUAGAUCCAACAAUCGGCGGCCUCCCACUGAAGAUAGUGAAAUGGUGUGAUGCGUUGUGGGGGGAUUACAGCCUGGACGAGGCAGUGGAUGGUGGCAGUGCAAUCACAGUGAGCAGAAGUGUCGAUGCCUCUGUAGAGGGUGAGAUGGGGGUGACUGAGGGCCCAAUCCGCACGAGUGAUGCCACGGGCCCCAUGUCACAAGUGAAUUCUGCGAGUAAGACUGGCUCUGCGAAAAAGGUGAAGGAUAGGCAUGAGCGACAGCAGAAUAUUCACCAUCUCUUCACUGCGACCGGCCGCAUGAGCUCCUACAUCGAGACUGCGCAACCGCAUUUCGGCAUGGACUUAAUUUCAGUGGAUGACGUAGAUGAGCUGUGCGAGAAGCUGUUGUGGGAGGUUCACGAGACCAACUGGCAUUGUGAGCUGCAUGCAUUGGAUGCUCAUCUAUUGGACAUGAGCAAGUGGAGCUCCAUGCACCACUGGGAACGUGAGGCGCAACUCGCGAAAGUGUGGGACAAGCGGGACUCUGGCUCAGGUCUAACGUUCACACCAUGUUGGAACUCACACGAUGUUGUCUUCUGCUGGGUGCGUGCUCCUGCGCAGGGAUGGCUGCCGUGCAAAAAAUUCUUGGCCGCUUUUAUUGCUGUUAUGCAGCGAUGGCCAGAACUUCCGGAAGGCUUACGACUGGAUGCGCGCAAGGUCCUCGCCUAUGAGGCGGACAAAUACAAUCUCUUGCAAGAGAACAUCGUCCGAUUCUAUGUGACUACAUUUGUGCAUCACUUCCACCAUCUGCCCAUCACACCCAUCCAAUAUGCUUAG